GUCUAAUGACUUCGGAAAACAACCUUCUGUCCGAUGCAUCUGUCUACUAUCAAAGAGUGCAGCCUGCCACUCAGUACCCGCUGGAGCCUAUCCCUACUUUGAACACCCAGAAGUUGGCUGAACUUUUCCCGAACGAAUCAAGUCACCAGCAGACGCCUGUGAAAAAGCCACCGAUACUUUCGGACCCGAAUAACGGCAUAUCUUCUACACAGACGCAAACUCAGACACAGACACAGACACAGACACAGACACAGACACAGACACAGACACAAACUCCAACUCAAACACAGAGUCAGUCUCAAGACGUGGAUAAAACACCGACCGAGAUGGUUCCCGAAUCCUCGCCUAUUGCACAGCAGGACGAUGAUACUGGGCCCAAGAGGGAGAUACGCUUCAAGCCUAAGCUUCAGGACUCAGUGGUGCAAGUUGAAUCUUCGCAACCAGCUGAUAAGCUCCCUCGACGGAAAAACCGAGAGCAGGAUUCUUACCAGGGAGGAAUAUUGUCCGAGGGCCAGAUCCUCACGUCCAGCGUGAUGGAGAGCGUGCCUAUGCCAGGAUUCUGGCUGGGCAGCCAGGACAGCGUGGGCGAGCCGUACGAAAUGCCAGAUACAUGAUGACACCAGUAGAUUUUAUAUAGGAU